AUGAAUGAAAUCAAAUUUCGAUUAAAAAUAAAAAUGGAAUCUCCUGCUGCCGCUGAUUAUAUAUUUAAGAUUGUUUUAACGGGUGAUAGUGGUGUUGGUAAAAGUAAUUUACUAUCUCGAUUUACUCGAAAUGAAUUUACAUUAGAAUCUCGAUCAACUAUUGGAGUUGAAUUCUCGACAAAAGAAGUACAAGUAGAUGGAAAAACCGUCAAAGUUCAAAUCUGGGAUACGGCUGGUCAAGAACGUUUUAUGGCAAUAACGAAAGCUUAUUAUCGAAAUGCCUACGGUGCAUUACUUGUAUUUGACAUUCUGAAAGCAUCUACAUUUCAAAAUUUAGAUCAAUGGAUCAGGUACAAUGAAGUACGAGCAAAUGCUGGUAUUGACUGCUGCGUUGUUUUAAUCGGAAACAAAUCUGAUCAACGACAUAUUCGAGCUGUUAUGAGUGAUGAUGCGAAGAAAUACGCCGAUGAACGAAAUAUAAAAUAUAUGGAAACAUCAGCAUUAGAUGCCACAAACGUCGAACAAGCAUUUCGUAUACUAAUUCAAGACAUUUAUAAAUUUUUUGCAGAAAAAAUGGAUUUAAUGAAAGACGAUAAUAAACAAAUUGUCACUUUAAAACAGCCUCAACAGCAACAACAACAGCAAUAUUUACCGAAUUCUGCUGCGAACCAGUGUUGCUUCUCUUGA